CAAUUUUUUUUUUCUUUUCCCGGAAAAUUCUCUUCUCUCUUGUUGUUGUUUCUCCUGAUAAACCCGACCAAGUUUAUCUCUUCUCUUUCUAACUAAUCAUUUCUCUUUCAACUUUCUCUCAUAUAUAAUUGCACCUUUUGAUUUUAGUAUAUUUCUUUCAUUUUCUUAAUCGAAUUCGGUGCUAGCUACUACUUUCAAAUGGGAAACCAAACAAGCAAAAAGCCACAGGAUGCAUCGGCUAAGAGCGUGCACUACACAACGGAGCUGAGAUCUUACGAGGCUGCGUGUAAAGCUGACACGGAGCUUCAAUCUUUCGACACGUGUUUGCAAGCACGGACAAGUCACGUGAUAAGCACGCUAGCUACAGGAGUUGAGGUUCGAGCGCUCUCGUUCGAUUCCUUGAAAGAAGUGACGCAGUGUUUGUUGGAGAUGAACCAAGAAGUUGUGAAAGUAAUUUUGGAUUGCAAGAAAGACAUAUGGAAGAAUCAAGAAAUGUUUGAGCUUGUCGAAGAUUACUUUGAGAACAGCUUGAAGACGCUUGAUUUUUGUGCUGCUUUGGAGAAAGGCUUGAGACGAGCUCGUGAUAGCCACCUUUUGAUUCUUGUUGCUCUUCAGCAAUUUGAAGAUGAGAGCCUUGUUCAAGGUGGGAACGGAUACAAGAAGACACUUGAAGAGCUAAAGAAUUUCAAAGACGCAGAGAGUCCUUUCAACGAAGACUUCUUCAAAAUGUUCCAAUCUGUUUACAAACAACAGAUGGUGAUGCUUGAGAAGCUUCAGCUUCGUAAGAACAAGCUUGACAAGAAGCUUAAAUGCAUCCACACUUGGAGGAAGCUCUCCAGCAUCAUCUUUGUGGCUACUUUCGCCACUGUGCUCAUCUGCUCUGUUGUGGCUGCAGCCAUGGCAGCUCCUCCCGUGGCUGCGGCUCUGGCUGCAGCUACUGCAGUGCCACUAGGCUCCAUGGGGAAGUGGAUCGACUCUCUGUGGAAGAACUACGAGAAUGCACUCAAAGGGCAGAAGGAGGUGAUCAGUUCCAUGCAGGCAGGGACAUUUGUGGCGGUUAAAGAUUUGGAUAAUAUCCGGGUUUUGAUCGAACGGUUGGAGAUUGAGAUCACCGGGAUGGUGAAGAGUGCGGAGUUUGCUGUGGAGCAUAACGCAGUCAAGAUUGGGAUUGAUGAUAUCAAGAAGAAACUUGAGGUGUUUAAGAAGAACGUAGAGGAAUUGGGGACUCAAGCUGAUUUGUGUAGCAGAGAUAUUAGAAGGGCAAGGACAGUGAUUCUCCAAAGGAUCAUCAGGCAUCCUAAUAAUGCUAGUAGCAGCAACUGAGCAACACAAAAAACUAGACCAGUUUCUCUCUUCUUCAGCACAUGAAUGAUGAAGACUAUAAAUAAUAGUACAGAUUCUCUCUGAGUUUUUACUAUCAAUUAAUGUUCAAUAACUCAAAACUACUGUUUAUGAUAAUUGUUGCAAUCUCUAUAUUCUUUUUAUGAUUGAAAAGUGAAAACAAUGGAAGACAAAUCUUUUUCACAUUUGGAUUGAGACUA